CCUCCUCCUCCUCCCUCGCCCGCAGCCGAGCGUCCCCUCCCCCCACCGUCGGGCUCCUCGGCGGCUACUGCAGAGGAUUCAGAGCCGAGUCGCUGAGGAGGAGGCUCCAGUCUCUGCGCGCCAUCCGCCACCCUACUGGACACGGGCGAGGGAGCGAGAGCGUCGCCGCUGUAGCCUCCAGAGAAGACAAGGGCAUCGCUGCCUCAGCCGCCGCCGCCGCCGCCGUUUUCGCCUGCAGCCGCUCGCCGGAUCCUCAGUCUUCCACAAUGAACCCUGUUUACAGCCCCGUGCAGCCUGGGGCUCCUUAUGGCAACCCUAAGAACAUGGCCUACACGGGUUAUCCCACAGCCUACCCGGCAGCAGCCCCUGCCUACAAUCCCAGCCUGUACCCGACCAAUAGCCCCAGUUAUGCUCCAGAGUUUCAGUUCCUGCAUUCAGCUUAUGCAACUCUGCUGAUGAAACAGGCCUGGCCACAGAAUUCGUCUUCCUGUGGCGCCGAAGGCACCUUCCACCUCCCAGUGGACACCGGGACCGAGAACCGAACUUACCAGGCAUCCUCCGCGGCUUUCAGAUAUACUGCGGGGACACCCUACAAGGUCCCGCCGACCCAGAGCAACGCUGCUCCGCCCCCCUACUCCCCGUCCCCCAACCCCUACCAGACGGCCAUGUAUCCCAUCAGAAGUGCCUACCCCCAGCAGAAUCUGUAUGCCCAGGGAGCCUACUACACACAGCCGGUAUACGCUGCCCAGCCCCACGUCAUCCACCACACCACCGUCGUCCAGCCCAACAGCAUUCCCUCUGCCAUCUACCCGGCGCCCGUGGCGGCCCCCCGGACCAACGGCGUGGCCAUGGGCAUGGUGGCAGGCACCACCAUGGCAAUGUCUGCAGGUACCCUGCUGACUACACCCCAGCACACCGCCAUCGGGGCACACCCUGUCUCCAUGCCGACAUACAGGGCCCAAGGAACCCCUGCGUAUAGCUACGUGCCCCCACACUGGUAAAGCCUGCAGCCCACCCAAGCCUGGAGUCACACAUCGUAUGCAACUACUCAAGUCUUACACCGGUGCUGGAGCAGCUCCCUAGCAGCACCGCCUCUACCCGCAAGAAGAAACAACGGAAGUGCAAGGGUCACUUUAUGCAUCUUUAAUGGUUUUGGUUUUUAUUUUUGGUUUUUGUAAAAGCUGCUUUUUCUAAUCUCCUGCCUCCCCCCGCCCCGACUCGUAGCUGCCGCCCUGCCAGCUCCCCCUCCCCCUGCCUGACCAGGCCGUGUCCUCCUGCUCCUUUUUCCCUCCCAAGUGUCCUGUCCCUGGGGUCCCAGUCUGGUGCCAAGCAGAGUGGAGUUUAUUGCGAUGGUUCAGCCGAAGGCUCGGUUCCACGUGAGCAGCGUGGCAGAUGUGGCCCUCGGCCCAGGGCAGCAGCUCAGAGCUGCUGAGCAGGCCACAUCUCUGGGGGAGCAUUCCUUUUAUGUUUUUUCCUAAGCAGAAUUAGUUCGGGACUUCACUGUGUCCCAACAUAGGGAAUGGAAUGUCUUCCGAGAACCAUCGCAACAGACUAGGGACAAAACCACCUGACUGGGCAGGAGUUACUAGCAGCUUCAUACCCCAGGCUGAAACCUGGUCUUGUCUUUGGGAGAAUUGGGGGUGGGGGUGGGCAGAGAGGGGAGAGGCGCUGCCUGGGCCAGGACCUUCUGAUUUGCACAGUGACGGUAACUGACCUGGCACUUCCUCACGAGGGGACUCUGACCUCAGGCCUGCCAAGCAGCUGCAGCGUGGGGGACCCCAGCUUUCCGAGGUCUUGGGAGGUGGGGGACCCCAGCUUUCCGAGGUCUUGGGAGGCCAGGCACCCUGUGUAGUCCCGACCUCGGCCUCUGAGCCCCCUCCCCCUCCCAAUUCGAGUGGGGGACCUCUGGCACUGCUCUCCCUCUCCUUCUGCCCUUCUCAGUGCCAGGGCUCACUUGGCUGUCUGUGGGGCAGGCAGGCCGGCCAAGCUCUUGGUUACCUUGUGCCAUUCACAGCCAAAGUGAAGGAACCACAUUCCAGGUGGGUGCUGGUGGCUCUGAGGGUCAGGAUAGUGAAGGAAAAGCAAUAGCAAUAAACAUUUCCUAAGACUCAUGGAGCUGAAGGGACCUUAGCAAUCAUCUCAUCCAUCCCCUGUUUGACAGACAGGAGACUCGGGCCCGGAGAAGAAAGGCCUGCCCUGGACCUCGCAGUAGGUUAGCAUUAAAUGCAGCCCUCCCCCCAGUGGCAUGCUGCCUACAACAGUUUACCUGGGGAUGGAUUGGCUUGGUUUUGUGAAAAUUAAGUCAGCAGCACCCAUACCCGGCGAGCUCAGGAGUGGGCUCUGGGCUCCCGUUUCUGCUCUCCUCUCCCAUGGACUUCAAAGGUGGGGGCUGAAGACGGGGCAGAGGCCACACAGGGGCGGGUGGCAGGAGCAGAAAUUGCAAAUGAAGAAAGUCCACUUGGAGAUUCUGUGAAGACAUCUGGAGCUUCCGUCCCGUGCCUGACUCCCCUGCUAGGAGCAGGAGCCGAUGGGCUUGCUGGAAAGGACAGGCCCUCGUCCCAGAGCGGGGAGAGAGUGGGGACUGUCAGGAGCCGCAGCUCACCUGGGUGAAGAGGGACUUCUGGGACACGACGGCCCUCCCUGCCUCAGCCAGGAGCCCAGGCUGCCAGCACCACCCUCCUCCAGGGCCGGGCGGGGCCUGCAGCCCCUCUGGGGCAGGACAGGGACAUUUUACUGUAAAAAUGGGAUCACUGACAACAUUUGGGACUUUUAAAUAAUUAUUUUCAUUUUAAAUUCAUGCAAAUUUGGAUAUAACCCAACCCCUAUCUCCCACAUCUCUCUAGAGGAGAGAAAACAAGGAAAGCCCUGGGCCAGGAGGACCUCAGGCACCACCUGGCCACCCCCAGAAAGGCCCAGCCCCUCAGCACCCGUGGCCAGAGCAGUAGGAGAAAAAGGCGGCCCAGGUGCUGACAGUGGGAUUUGAACACACAGGAAGUUUUCCAGUGUUAACCUGCGCUCUGCGGAUGCCUCCUCCUGCCCUCUUUGGUUUUGUGAAGGAAGGUGAAGGUUGUCCUAGAUUAUGUCAUACAUUUUUAAAUGCCAAAAUAAUAAUAAUAGGAAGCCUUUGCAUUGGUCAGGUUCUUCAGAUUUCAAAGCACUUCACAGCCUUUCAUUUACUGGCCCUGCGAGCGAGACCGGGUCAGAGUUCCUAUAGCCACUUGGUAAACGAGGAAGCAGGUUCUAGCAGGACAGGAAAGCAACCCCAAAUGGGCAGAAUGCUGGUAUUCUGACAGGCUUCCCGCCACCUCCUGCUCCGGGGGUCUGAGGGAGAACUCGAGAGGAGAAACCGCCUCACAGUUCAGAGCAGUUGAACCCCGUCAUCGAGUUUAACCACGUGAAGUGAAGAUAACUCCGCCCGCUUGCUAAUCAGCGACAGAGCCCCUGCACUCCCAGGCUGUCUGCACACGCUCUCCAGCCUGAUCCACGCUCAUUACCAAAGUGUCUGUGCUCUGUACCCCGUCUUAACCCUAGAAUGCAUCUCAAGCUCAGCUGGAGCCCCAGGAUGUAAGUAAGCAAGGGGUUGUGCGAGUCCGUGGUCCUGAGGAACCCGAGCCCAGCAUCCCUGGCCAUCUGGGCGUGUUUGCCCCUUGCUGUUGGUGGAGAUCUGCAAGCCUGGCCAAGCUGGGGGAGUCAGUGCAGAGGAACCAAGCCCAGCAGAUCUGGGGCAGGGCGGGCCCUUCACAAAGUCUCAUCUGAUGGGAGCACUGUGGGUAGCAUCCAGGGGUCAUGCCGGGCAGGACGUCAGAGCUGGAAGGGCCUUCUCACCAUAGGAGCGUGGGCAGGCAACAUGGGACAGGGGCUGUGCUCACCUGACAGCUGCAGCACUGGCCACGUGCAAGCCCGCAGCACAUCCCACACCACUGCCCUCCCAUGGGCUACAGCACCUUGGUGGUCAGGGUCAGCCACCACCAGCCCUCUGGGCCUCUCCCACUGCUACCUUGACCCCCCUCUCCUCACCAGCCAGGGGCCAGGAAGUUCAGGUCUGGCAGCUGGAUCGCCUCAACUAGUGAAAGCCUGAACCAGAAUCUUUUGCCAAUUUUAUUUAAAUACUCCUUGAGUUCCUUGCCCUUGAGAUGGGACAGUUGCUGUUCCUCCCCUCUCCCUCUCGGAUGACCCUAACGUGCUUAUCCCCUUCCCUGAAUUCUCAGGACACAUACACCUGUCCAGAGCUUUUUUGGUGCAAAGUACUUUGAUGCCGAUUGCCAAAAUCCCCAUUUUAUAGAUGAAAAACCUGACUCUGAAGGCUUAUGAAGCCUGCCAGAGGUCACGUGCUCACAAGUGAACGAGCCACAGGUUUCAACUCUGAAGACCCGCGGCUCUUUCGGCUGCUGCUUGCCGGGCGCAGGUGUGAAGAGGGAGGGGCUGUUUGUCUGCCCCGACCAGAGAAGGCGGCGGGGACCGGGGAGGCUCGGCUGGUAGGGCAGGUUCAGUGCUCUCUGAGGACAGCACAGGGUGGUUGAGAAUUGACAGUGAACGGCCCAAGUGAAGAAACUUGAGGGUCACAAAUGCCCGGGCUGAAGCUACACUCAGGGCAGCACAUGCAUUUCUCUGUGGAAAGACCCAUGUCCCCGGGAAGCCUGCACGUUGCCUGCCACCUGGGAGCUGGCCUUUGCGGGCUGUAGCCCCGAGGAGCCAGAGGUAUCUCCAGACUGCUGUCCCGCAGGCGGGACCAGGGACCUAGAGAAACGCCAAGCCAGGAGUCCGCGCACGCAAACAUUCCACAUCUGAGGCCUCCCCUCCCAGAGACCUUGCGGUACUUUGGUGGGCAUGCUCUGCCGAGUAAGACAGGUGCCCCCACCCCGUGCUGGCCCCAGCGAGCCACUGCCUGAGCCAGGCCUGGAGCCCGAGAGGAUAGGCCCCACACACUGUGGCCCUGUGGCCGGGACACCUCAGUCACAGCUGAGCAAAAGUACGCCGAGACCCUGCUUCUCCAUCUCGAAUUCCACCGCAGGGCACACAGCUCCCAGCUGCUUGGCAGGCAUGGGAGGCCAGAGGCGGGCAAGCCGACGGCCACUGCACGGCCCUGGGGAGUCCACAGAGGGAACCCGGCCAGGCCCACCGAGCGAGUCCACACCCGAGGCUGCCGUGGCUGUGUGCCAGGCUGGCUGCCUGGCUUGUCCUUUACCCAUCCCAUCUCCCUCGCCUAGAAACCCACUUCUGAAAUUAGCACGCUGUGGUUGCAGGGCCCAGCCCAGACGACACUCUCCGGCAGGCCAGCUUCGACAUUCCAUGGCCAGCCCUGCCUGAGCCACGCGUGGGCUCCAUGCCCUGUUUCCCCCAGGUGUUUUCUGCUCGCAUAUGCUGUCGAGGCCAGCGAAGGAGCACAGAUUGGGACUGGCUGCCACCAAGGCAGCAAAGGCUGGGGCGGGGCUGCACCUGUGGUCUGCACCUGUGGUCCGCAGGCGUCCUGUCAGCAAGGCCCUCCCCCCUCCCUCAAGAGAACAGCUGUAACCACUUUGUAGAUAAGUCCCAGCCUCCCGAAGCCUGGGCAAACAGGAGCCUCUCGGGGUCAGCAGGGCGCUGCUCCUCCCCCCCGCCCGACAGGAGGCACGGCCAGGCCUCCGCAGCAUGGAGUGGUGUGUGUGGUGGUCUGCGAGGCCCGGGGCCUGGCCCCUCCCUAUCUGAAGCAUCCGCAUCUGUUUCCUGUCACGUGGCAGAGAAACCCAUUCUCCUGGCCUGUACCACCCCUGUGAAGAGAGCGCUGUAUAUGAUUUUGUAUUUUUUAAUUCAUUUUAAUCUACAGGUUGGAAUCUAAUUUUUAAAUUUUAUUGGAACUCACAUUUUAAAAAGAAAUAAAAACAUUUAAAAUAAUAAUGAUAAUAAUAAACCUUUGACCGGUGUCUUCCAAGUAGCUCAAUCAGAAUUUUAUAGGCGUUUUGCAAACACUACCUACAGCGCAGAGCUUGCGAAGCCCCAGGGCCUCCUGUGUGUAUGAAGUGUAAAUCAGGUUUGGUUUUAUUGUUUCAGACUCUUGGGUUUUUGUUUCGUUUUGUUUCCAAGAUCAGAUAGUGAUCACUGAAAGACUGAAGCCCAGAAUUUGUAACUAUGAUAUUUACUGUAAGUUGUAGAACAUGAAUAACUAUUAAAAAGUUUCCAAAAAAAAAAA